AAUAGCUUUCGUUGAGGAGCAGGAGGAACAAGAGGAGGAGCGCACUGAGGAGAAGAUCAUCAAUGAAGACAUGGAAGAAGAACGCCCCAUUUCUCUACGACAUGAUCCUUAGCACGGCACUGGAAUGGCCUACACUUACAACGCAAUGGCUACCUGAUAAGCAAGAGGUUCCUGAUAAGCCUUAUUCCACUCACCGUUUACUCAUCGGCACUCACACGUCGAGCGAUGCGCAAAACUACUUGCAAAUUGCCCAUGUACAGCUUCCUAAUCCUACUGCGCCCAACCCAGAUGACUACGAUGAGGAUCGCGGCGAGAUCGGCGGGUACGGCGGCAGCUCCAAGAAAGCGCCCAUGGAGAUCAAAUUCAAUAUCGUGCAGAAGAUUGACCACAAGGGUGAAGUCAACAAAGCUCGUUACCAACCGCAGAAUCCCAACAUCAUUGCAACAAUGUGUACGGACGGACGGGUGAUGAUCUGGGAUCGCUCGAAGCACCCUAGUCUGCCCACCGGAACGGUUAACCCUCAGAUGGAGCUGCUAGGCCAUACGCGAGAAGGGUUCGGACUUAGCUGGAGCCCCCACACUGCCGGUCACCUUGUCACGGGUAGUGAGGACAAGACUGUUCGUCUUUGGGAUCUGACGACAUACACUAAGGGCAAUAAGGCUCUCAAGCCGGUGCGGACCUACACGCACCACUCUUCUAUUGUCAAUGACGUGCAAUAUCACCCUCUGCACUCUUCCCUGAUCGGAACGGUCUCCGAUGAUAUCACCCUUCAAAUCAUCGAUAUUCGUGAAGCCGAGACGAACCGCGCGGCCGCUUCCGCAGAGGGUCAGCACCGCGAUGCCAUCAACGCUAUUGCAUUCAAUCCUGCUGCCGAGACCGUCCUGGCGACUGGAUCGGCUGAUAAGUCCAUCGGACUGUGGGAUCUGCGUAACUUGAAAACCAAGUUGCACGCCCUGGAAUGCCACAAUGACUCUGUGACCUCCCUCUCUUGGCACCCCUUCGAAGAAUCCGUCCUUGCCAGUGCAAGCUAUGACCGUAAGAUCAUGUUUUGGGAUCUCAGCCGGGCUGGAGAAGAGCAGACCCCUGAAGAUGCACAGGAUGGACCACCAGAGCUUCUCUUUAUGCACGGUGGCCACACCAACCGCAUUUCUGACUUCAGCUGGAACCUCAAUGAUCCUUGGGUUCUCUGCUCUGCUGCGGAGGACAAUCUUCUGCAAGUGUGGAAGGUGGCCGAUGCGAUUGUGGGCAAGGAUCUGGAGGACGUGCCGACUGAAGAACUGGAGCCAUGAGUUUAAUUUCGCUUGCAACAAAAACCGGAAGCCUACAUUAUUGAUACCUACCUUGAGCGGUUGUCUUGCUUCUUGUAUUGCUACACGCGUCUCACAGAUACAGUCAAGUGGAGUUUCAUAUCGGGGAGCGCCCUUGUAGUAGAUGACCCUGUCGCUGGU